AACGAGGCUGAGUAAUACCAGCGAGAAGCUACGACGGGCGAGUAGCACGAAACAAGCGCAAGAGCACCGAUGAAGACCAGCCAAGACGGAACCUGCGCGACCACUGCGUUCCCCAGCGCGAUGAAUCCGUUCAGCCUCGCGACCCUCACGCUCGCAGUUCUCGUGAUCUCGGCGGUACCACUCUGCAGAAGUGCUCCAGUGUUCCUGAAUCCAACCACAGUAGAUCAUGACCAGUUGCUAAACCAAAUAGAUAAUGCGUGCAUGCCUCACCUCUCUGCGGAAAGACCCCUCAGAACCCCAGACUUACUGCGGGAGUUCUGUGGCUUGAUGCUGGAGAUGUUGCGGAAGGCUCAGGAGCUGUCAGCUCGAGAGACCAGUAAAAGGUUUUUGUUUCAUUACACUAAGCCAAACAGUGCUGCAUUCUCGGAUGAUACGUCCACGGUGUUCCACCCUCUACUGCAGCUCAUGCCCCAGCUCCACAGCCGACGACGCAGAAAAACAGAUCCGCUUGAGGCGCCACAGAGCCCAAGAGCUAUUCAGAGUAGGGGAUACUUCAUAUAUCGGCCACGAAAUGGAAGACGGUCAUCAGAAUAUGUAUAAAGAGCAAAAAAAAAGUCCUGGUGCUGUGGAGCUGUUUAGACCUGCUUAAGAACCAGAGACUCCUACACACCGCCACCAUGUCUGGGUGUACCUGUUAACCACCCCUCUGUUGUGUAUAGUGACGCUGAAUGUAAAUAGAGACUCCAAAUCAAGUCUUUUUUGGCCCAAAGGUUUUGCUUGUGCAACCCUGCUGUGUCUUUUGAAUUAAAAGCAUUUAUGAAAUGUU